GCCGCGCGCACUGCUGAACGGGGAGACGCGGACUCCAGAAAGUCUCGCACUUCCCACACGACGCUUGUGAAAAUGUGCAACCUUCACGCUCGGGACACAAUCACUGUGGUUUCACCGUUUCACACGUUCACACCUGUUCCCGGGUUUCGUUUCCCUUCGCUGGCGGUCGUCGAGGUUCGUGAGCGACAGCAACGCCUGGAAUAAACAGCGGCGGCGGGCCGGCGGACGACUGGGGGGAAAACGCGGGGAAUGAAGACAAAUGACGCGGCGACGAGCGGGCCGGAUGAUGGAUGGGCGCGUCCCGGCACACUGCAGCCUUGAAGCGAAGCCCCGGUGUGUGUGUGACAGGCUGAUCUCCCCGCUCUCCCGUCUACAUGCCUGAUCUGCCUCCGCGUCACUAUGCCUCUCUCGGACUGCAAAUAUGAGAGCAACGCCCGGCGGGGCCGCGGCUGCGGCCUCCACAGCCUGCCGGUUGCCGGGGGCGACGGCAGGAGGCCCGUUUGUGAGCGCGGGCCGACGCGGGCGCGGCCGGGCCCGGUCGGGCGGGUCCCGCUGUGGCCGGCGACCGACCCGUGGGGCGUCUCCAGGGUCCGGCUGGUGAGCCUGCUGCUGGGCCUCACGCUGGCCUUCCUGGUCACGGCUUCCUACAUCCUGACCGGGGACAACAGGCGGCUUCUGCUGGCGCCCGCGUCCUAUCGGCUCAAGCCCAAGGAUCCCAUAGACAUGAAGCUGCUGGCGAGGGUCAUCAGGUUUAAACUGGAGUACGCGCCCAGGAAGGUGCCUGAGGAGAAGGACGUGGUCGGCACUGAUUCUCAUCUGUUCUCCGUCCUCCCUCGCCAGUUCCUCUACAGCACUAAGAGCCCUUGCUGGUUCCAGGAGCUCCCCAACGGCCUCGACGCCGACCCGUACGGGAGGAACCUCUUCGCCUCGCGCUCCAAAGGCUUCAAAGCCGUGUGCGAGCGCCUCAGGACGGGCCUCCAGCAGCGCCCGCGGCCGCUCCGCCUGCGCUGCCUGCCCUACUUCUACAUCAUCGGGCAGCCCAAGUGCGGCACCACCGACUUGUUCCACCGAAUGCUGCUGCACCCACAGCUCAGGUUCAACACCAUGAAGGAGCCGCACUGGUGGACGAGGAAACGCUUUGGGUAUAUUCGCUUCAAAGAUGGCUUCCAGGAAAUUUUUCCUGUGGAAGAUUACCUGGAUUUGUUUGACUUGGCAGCCCACAACAUACAGAACGGACUAAGUGGAAAUUCAUCUGGAGAACAUCGUGCACUGCAGCUCAUAACAGGUGAAGCCAGUGCUUCCACCAUGUGGGACAACCAAGCCUGGAGCUACCUGCACGGCGGCGUGGAGGAGUCGGAGCCCCGGUUCCUGGCCCAGGACUUCAUCCACAUAGCCAGUCCCAGCGCAAAAAUCAUCAUCAUGCUUAGAGAUCCAGUAGAGAGGCUUUACUCUGACUACCUCUACUUUAAGAUGGCCAACAAGUCGGCGGAAGACUUCCACCAGAAGGUCACAGAGUCUGUCCAGCUGUUUCACUCCUGUUUGACUGAGAGCUCGCUCAGAUCCUGUGUCUACAACACCAGCCUGUCCAACACUAUGCCGGUUAGGCUCAACCUGGGCCUGUACAGUGUUUUCCUGCUGGACUGGCUCACGGUUUUCCAGAGAGAUCAGGUCCUAGUUCUGCGACUGGAGGACUACGCAGCGAACCUCAAAGCAACAAUCAAGAGGGUUUUUGAUUUCCUGCGCGCAGGUCCUCUGUUAGCGAAGGCGGAGGCGGCGCUGACCAAACGGCCCAUGUCCAACACCCGGCGCGUGGCGGAUCGGAACCUGGGGCCAAUGCUUCCAGCCACCAGGAGCCUCCUCAGGGAAUUUCACCAGCCCUUCAACCACAAACUGGCCAGUGUACUGGACAAUAAUGACUUUCUGUGGAGCAGCACCUGAAGGAGACGAGAUGUAGAUGUGAAGGACAAGGAACUCAAUCAAGUUCAAGAAAGCACACGAGGCGCAUACUACCUGCAUAGAGAUGCUCAGUUGCACUUGCUUUUGGUUGUGAUAUUUAUUUGCUGUGAAGUAAAUGUGUGAUUUUUAAGUCAUGGAAAUAAAAUGCAACAAACAUA